UCUAGGGGGUAGCUCCAGUGCCCGCCCCUCUGAUGGUCUCCAUGGUUACCUGUGCCCCACAGGGCAUCGCUGUCCUGUUGGCACAGCUUCAGAGGUACCCUGUGAGCCUGGCACCUACAGUCCUGCCCCUGGUGCCGCCCACUGCCUCACCUGCCCUAAUGGCACCAUGUGUCCCUCCUCUGCCACCCAAGAACCUUCUCUCUGCCCUGCUGGUCAUUUCUGUCCUGCUCGGUGUGUGUUACCCCUGCCUUGUCCUGUUGGGACCAUCAGUGAACAGACAGGAGCCCCCUCCCCCUCUGCAUGCAGGCCCUGCCCCUCUGGGUUCUACUGCAGCUUGCCCGGCUCCUCACUACCACAAGGCCAGUGCCAGGAGGGCUACUUCUGCCAGCGUGGAGCACCUAGUCCAGCUCCCCAGAGCUCAGCCAUCUUUCCCAGGAACGGGCCCUGUCCUGUGGGCCACUAUUGCCUUUCUGGGACCCUCUCCCCGCUGCCGUGUCCUGCAGGCAGCAUCCGAAACCACACCGUCGACUCCUGAUAACUGCAUAUUGGUUUUGUGUGGGUUAUCCAUAGACAGCUGCUCCCCUUGUCCCCCUGGACACUACUGUUCCAUUGAGGGCCUGGCCUCCCCAAGUGGCCUGUGUGCUGCUGGCUUCUACUGCCCAUUUGACUUCUCCUCCACCACGCCCUAUGCUUUCCUCUGCCCUAAGGGUCACUACUGUCCAGAGGGCUCUCCCCUGGCCCUGCCCUGUCCCACAGGAGAGUACCAGCCCAACCCAGGCUCUGACUCCUGCAUCCCCUGCCGCCCAGGCUUCUACUGUGAGGAGGCCAUUGUUGGAGAGCCCUGGCCCUGCCCCCCCCACUCCUUCUGCCCUGCAGCCACCAUGGUUCCCCAGCCGUGCCCCAACGGUACGUUCACCCCUUCUGACCUGGGGGGGUUACAGGAAGAGCGGGAGUGUCUGCCCUGUCUCCCAGGGAGGUUCUGCAGGGCUGGAAAGAUCCAGGGCCGUUGUGCAGCAGGGUAUCUGUGUAUGUCUGGCAGCUAUGAGUUCACGCCACAGGGGCCUCACUCCAACUGGAGCCAGUGUGAAUGGGGGAUGCAGUGUGCCGGCCCCUGUCCAGCAGGAUUCUACUGCCCAGAAGGUUCAGAGAAGCCUGACGUCUGCCCCGAUAAAACUAUCAGAGUUUUACCUGGAGCAGCCAAUAUCCAUGAUUGUCUGCCUUGUCCACCACAGCACUGGUGCAAAAAAGGUCAUUAUAACACCUAA